AUGGCAGGGACCUCAAAGCGUUCCACAUCCCCCCAGUCCUCACAACCUUCCAGCCCAAGGACUUCCUCCUGUGAGAUGUUUGGCUAUGUGGGGAUUGAGGCUGUGCUGGACCAACUAAAGAUCAAAGCCAUGAAAACUGGUUUUGAAUUCAACAUCAUGGUUGUUGGGAGGAGUGGAUUGGGUAAGUCCACAAUGGUAAACACUUUGUUCAAGUCCAAGGUGUGGAAAUCAUCACCAGUGAACAAGUUGGGGCCUUUACCUCAAACCCUUCAACUGCAAUCUGUUACCCAUACAAUUGAGGAGAAGGGGGUGAAACUGAAGCUGACAGUGACAGACACACCUGGAUUUGGGGACCAGAUCAACAAUGACAAAUGUUGGGACCCUAUCCUGAACUACAUCAAUGAUCAGUAUGAGCGCUACCUACAGGAGGAGGUUCUCAUCACUCGACAGCACCACAUCCCCGACACACGAGUGCACAUCUGUGUGUACUUUGUGCCUCCCACAGGCCACUGCCUCCGGCCUCUAGACAUUGAGUUUUUGAAGCGUCUAUGUCGGGUGGUAAAUGUUGUUCCUGUUAUUGCCCGGGCGGACAGCCUCACCUUAGAAGAGAGGGAAGCUUUCAGGUGGCAGAUUCAGGAGGAUCUGAAGAACAAUGGCAUCUUUGUUUACCCCCAGAAGUGCUUUGAUGAAGACACGAAUGACAAAACUUUGAAUGACAAGAUCCGGGAGAAGAUCCCCUUUGCUGUGGUUGGGGCAGACCGUGAGCACAUAGUUAAUGGGAAAUGUGUCCUGGGCCGGAAGACAAAAUGGGGAAUCAUUGAAGUGGAGAACAUGGCUCAUUGUGAAUUCCCUCUCCUGAGAGACCUGCUCAUCCGCUCCCAUAUGCAGGACCUCAAAGACAUCACCCAUAAUGUUCACUAUGAAAAUUAUCGAGUGCACAGAUUAAAUGAGAGCCACCUAUUAACCAAGGGGGCUGGAUGGGUGACCUUGAGCCCACCCCCCCGAAGGACCACAGCUGGACCCAGCCGAGGCCAGUGCUGGAAUCGAGAUGACUCAGAAAGCGGCUCCUGA